AUGAGUGAACCAAACGUAUCUGCGACAGAAAGCACGGCAGCUCUCGAAGAACGACUGGCCGUCAUAAGGACACUUGUCCAACAGAGAUUACACCGUGAGAUCAAAACCAUUACGCCUCUUGGCCGUGACUCGAAUAACUUUGUCAAUUUGGUGCAGCUCAAGGAAUCAAGCUUGGAUCAAGAAGCAAACCAUGACCUUCCUCUCCAGCAUGGUACCCAUAAGCUCGAUUCCUCUGUGACCAGGAUAGUGGUACGGGUCUCGAAUCCUGGUGCGAUGCUAGACGAAGAUGUGCGUGUGAAGAACGAAGUCGCCGCCAUUACUCUUAUGCAUAGAGCAUUGGCCGGCUCGCCGUACAAUCUCAUUCCCAAGGUAUUUGCCUGGGAGGCCUCGAGCUCAGCCGGUAGCGGUUGGAUUGUCGAAGAGUUUAUGGAAGGAGAGAAGCUGAGUCAGCACUUUCCCGAUCUCUCACUCGAUGAGAAGGCUUUGAUCUUUGAUCAAGUCGCUGAGCUGUUUGGUAAGAUUCAAGCCUUUGACCCGGAGGUCAACGGCUUCGGAGGAUUUGGUUUCGAUGCGAGUGGGCGAGUCAUCGCUGGACGCUCGUCUCUGUGGUCCGUAGGACCCUCAUCAAACUAUGCAGACUGGUAUCAGGGCAUAUUUGACAAGCAACUGGAGUCGGUAGCCACGACGCCCCUCUUGGAUGGUUGGAGUGAAGGUGGUCUAAAGGAGAGACUACAUCACUUUGGUGCAUCGGGUGGGCUCAGGUCAUUGCUGCGCCCUUUUGAAAACAUGAGGUCGACUCUCGUACAUGGAGAUAUCUCGGCAGAAAAUAUCCUGAUCGAUCCAGAGACGCACCAAAUAACAGGACUGCUCGACUUCGAUUUCUCCCACGUCGCCUCGGAGGCAGAUGAGUUCUUCUAUUCCUUCAUGGAUUUUGGUGGACUGGUACCUUGCCCCUUCGAAGGGGAUGAACUGGACCGUUUGAGAGAGUACCAAAUUCAGGGAUUUCCAGACUCAACGCCACUUGGAAAGGUCGAGGAUCCUCCAAUUGAUCUGGACAUGGCACGACUCUGGCAAGCUACGCUGCGCAAACAUCAUGUUCAUGGCCCGACUGACAUUAAACGUAUCGCCGAGCUUGCUGACAUUUACUGGUUCUUGAUAGAUGUCUGCCCUCCGUUCUUCAACAUGCCCCGUUGGUUGGCGAAGCGUACGGAUGAACAGAAGCAGGCUGUCAAAGUGGCGAUUGGGAAGAAUCUCGAAAAAUAUCUUUCGAGAUGGGGCUAUUGA